AUGUGCAGACCAGGAGCCAGAGCAGCACCCUGUUGGGCUCCGGGCUGCGGGAUGCCGGGCACCGGGCUCCUGCUGCUGGCCUACCUGGCUUACCUGAUGCUGGGCGCCUGCGUGUUCUGGGCGCUGGAGGGUCGCGCAGCUCAGAGCCACAGCCGCAGCUUGCAGCGUGAGAAGUGGGAACUGCUGAAGAACUUCACGUGUCUGGAUGACCCGGCGCUGGACCGGCUGAUCCGGGGCAUCAUUCAAGCCUACAAAGAUGGGGUCCACUUCCUGAGCAAUACCCCAAGCAUGGGGCGCUGGGAGUUCACGGGCUCCUUCUUCUUUUCUGUGUCCACCAUCACCACCAUCGGCUAUGGCAACCUGAGCCCUCAGACCAUGGCCGCCCGCCUCUUCUGCAUCUUUUUUGUUCUUGUGGGGAUCCCGCUCAACCUCCUGGUGCUCAACCGGCUGAGCCACCUUAUGCAACGUGGAGUGCGCCGCUGUGCCCACAGGCUGGGAGGCCGAUGGCAGGACCCAGCUCGGGGACAGUGGCUGACAGGCUCAGCUGCUCUGCUCUCUGGCCUCCUGGUCUUCUUCUUGCUGCCGCCUCUGCUCUUCUCCCACAUGGAAGGCUGGAGCUACAUGGAGAGCUUCUACUUCGCCUUCAUCACUCUCAGCACCGUGGGCUUCGGAGACUAUGUGAUUGGAAUGGACCCUUCUCGGUAUUACCCUAUGUGGUACAAGAACAUCGUGUCCCUGUGGAUCCUCUUUGGGAUGUCCUGGUUGGCCCUGAUUAUCAAAGCGAUCCUGCCUUUGCUGGAGACACCGGGUGAUAUGGACACCUGUUCCCAGAACUGUGCCAAGGGGCACUUCAAGGCCCGCAGCUGGAGGCAGGCCUCAGGAGGGGAACACAAGGUCCAAUCCCCACCACCCAGCUGCUGCUCUGAGGAGUCUGAGGGAAUCACACAGCAUCUGGAACCCUCUGCUCAGGUCCCACAGUGUGACAAGGACAGCUAACUACGUCCCAGGAUUGCCAGAUCUUCUACUUCAAUAAUGAGGUUUCUGAAUUUAAGCAUGGCACGUGACUAUUUGCUAUAGUUUCUCAUGGGAUUUGGGGGAUGAAGCAUGCCCCUCUUUCCCCACUUCUUCUAGCCUUCCGCAAUGCUGACAUGGUGACUGGAAUUCCAACUACCAUAUUGCCCCAUGAGGUAGCGACCAUGAUUGAGAUUGGUGGCAUACUAACAGAAGAAGGCAUAUCUUCUGAUCUUCACAGAGCCCUUGUA